AUGGUUGAUGAGAUCAGGGUCAAGCUUAUGGACCAAAUGUGUAAACGCCGCGAGGACUCUGCUAACUUAAUGAAUUGGCGUCAAACUCUAUGUCCAGAAUAUGAAGCUCUGCUCCACGACAACAAGAUGCAUGGAUGUAACUACCAAGUCACCAAGUCAUUUGAAUAUGUGUUUGAAUUUCAUGCUUCAUUAACACAGACAGUCGAUUUGAAAAGAAGAGCAUGUUCUUGCAACCGUUGGCGUAUUGACAGUUUCCCGUGUGCCCAUGUUGUCUGUUGUAUCAUGGUGAAUGGAGAAGAUCCUUACAAGUAUGUUGAACACCACUUUACAGUAAAGUUCUACCGAGAAUCAUAUAAACAUGCAAUCAAUCAUGUUCCCACAGUCGAAAAUCCCGUGACAGUGUCUCCAAAAUCGAUGGUUUUUGGUACGAAUAAUGGACCACAACCAGGACGUCCAUCGAAGAAGAAGAGGAUUCCUAAUACAGUUUCAGUUCCCAAUAACAAGAUGAGAACCUGUGGUUCCUGCAAGGUUUUGACCACCCAUAAUAAACGGACAUGCCCUUCUCGUCAGAUUUCAUGA